AUGCGCUGCGCAACGCAGUUCGACGUUGUCGAGGCGCUCAAGGGCUACGUCACACGUUCUCUGCUGUUCGUCAACUCAGCGCUCCAGGUCGCGGAUGCGGAGGCGUAUGUCGGGGACGGUACGGGCGUCGUCAAGGGCGUAUUCUUCGGACUGCAUUGGCUGACGCACCCCGACCUUACGCGGCGCAUCGAGCAGGGCAAGCCACUGGAUAAUGCACCUGAUUUCGCGCAUCUCUAUGGCGCGGAAGGCGUCGACCCUGCUAUUGGGUAUACGGAUUACAAAGUGGCAGUUUGA